AUGUCAAAUUAAGACAUCAAUGAACUUCCAGCCCUUAAAGUAAAUGUCCCCUCUUUCUUGUUGAAAACAUAUGAAAUUCUAGAAGUAUACCAUUUUUAGCUAUUAUUUCUUAUUCAGAACCCGUCUCUAUCCCAUAUAAUUACUUGGAAUCAAGAGGGUAAUUCAUUUAUCGUUCUAAAUUCGCAUGAAUUGGCUUCCAAGGUUCUUGCAAACUAUUUCAAGCAUAAAAACUAUCCCAGCUUUCUUAGGUUUUAUUUUAUUUCAUAAUAGGUAACUUAAUAUGUACAGCUUUAAAAAAACCAAAAAUAAUUAUGGACAAAGUGAGUUCAGACAUAAAUGGUUUAGAAGAGGACUUAAGUAAAAAUAAUUAUCAUCCUAAUCUAGAAGUAUGCUUCAAUACAUUCGUAGGAGAAAUUAAGAAGAUUCUGAGAAUAAAAUAGAGAUAAAGAAUACAAAUAAUCAAGAAAUUGAUAAUUAUAAGUAGGAGCAUGAUGAAAUGAAAAAACUUGUUCGAGAAAUUUAAACUAAUUAAGUUCAAAUGGAGGUUGAUUUUUCAGCAUCCAUGGAAUAAAAUGCAUCAGCUAAUAGAUCUAGUUAAUCUAUUUUGUUGGUAUAAAGUCUAUUUUAUAUUUUUAGUGUCUGAAUCAAAUGUAAUAGUAAUUCAAUAAAAAAUUCGAUAAUCUUUCCUUACUUCUAGCUAAGAUCGGUUCAUAUAUUCCUAAUUUAAGUAAAAUUCUUUAAAAUUUAUGCAGUUUAUUAAAUGGGAGACAUUUAUAAAAACUCCUUUGAUGAACCAUCUCCAAGUAGAUUAGAACAUAAUUAUAUUGUUCCAUAUAAUGAGAUUAAUAACUAAUAUAGCAAUAUUGGAUCACCAUACCAUUAAUAUUCUUGUAAUAGUCCAAUAAAUUUUCUUUUGUCCAAAUAAAAUUAAUGUAAUGUUGAAAAAUAAAUUCUAGAAUUUUAAGAUUAUUGCUUUUAAUUUGAUCCAAGUAUUUUCUCAUUCAAUAGAUAAAAUUAUUAAUAAUAAUAACUUGCCUUACCUGCUCCUGCAAUUAAUUCAUAUUUACGUAAUAAUAAAUAUUUAUCCAAUUAAAGCUAGCAAUAAUUAUUCAUUACAAUCGAGUUCACAAAACUCACCUUAUAGAAUUCCAAGUCCUUGUCAUACUUCCUCUACAGAUUCUAAAAAUCCAGAAAGAGGAUAACAUUUAUUUGAAUAACAAUAAUUUAAUUUUUACUAACAAGCAUGA